ACGCACGGAGUGGGAGGGACCGAGGAGGACUCUGCAGAUGAUAUGAGGUCAGUGCGCAGCGCCGUGCCUCACAAGUGACUCAGGUCUGGUGUGGUUACUGCUCACUGGAGGAUUAAAGUGUGAUGAUGGCGGCCAUGGAGGAUCCUCCGUUCUCUCUGCUGAGUCUGGAGGAUGAGCUGACCUGCAGCAUCUGUCUGAGCCCCUUCGACUGUCCGGUCACCAUCCCAUGUGGACACAACUUCUGCCAGGACUGUCUGCUGACCACCUGGAGGGACACCUACAGCUGCCCUCAGUGUCGGACCCUGUUCGCCACCAGACCGGAGCUGAAGAAGAACACGGUCCUCAGCACCGUGGUGGAAACGUUCAGGAGCCGAGCUGGAGGUCCGAAGGAAGAGCCGAGCAGAGCCGAGGAGGAGAAGAAGAAGGAGAUGAAGGUCUGCUGCGAUACGUGUAUGGAGGCGGAGGCGGCGCAGACCUGCCUCACCUGUAUGGCCUCUUUCUGCGAGGAGCACCUGCGGCCUCACCGGGAGAAUCCCACCUUCCGGGUCCACCAGCUGAGCGAGCCUGUGGGCGACCUGUCGGAGCACAUCUGCCCCGAUCACCACAAGCUGAUGGAGCUGUUCUGCAGCCAGCACGGCCGUCCGAUCUGCAGCCUCUGUCUGCAGCAGGUCCACAGAGGAUGUUCCUUCAGGAGCCCGGAGGAGCAGCGGAGCCUCCUUGAGUCUGACCUCCGAACCAAAUUGACUUUACUGGACGGGAAGAUCACGAAGAACGAGACUGUAAUAACUCAAAUGACCGACACGCAGAGCAAGCUGAAGGACUCGGCGACCAAGAAGAAGCAGUCUUUGAUGGCUGAGUACCAGCAGAUCCGGGAUAUGUUGGCCCGAGACGAGCGCGAUGCUCUGAACGCUGUGGACCGAGAGGUGGAGAGCGGUCAGACCAAACUCAGGCUUCUCGUGAAGAAGUUCGCCGAGAACGUCGACAACAUGAACAAGGCAAAAGAUGACAUCCACGGUCUGCUGACUCAGUCCAGAAGCCUGACCUUCCUGCAGGCUUCAUUUAACCUUCCUGAGGCGGUGAAGUUCGACCCUUACAGCCCUCGAAUCAACCUGGACUCCAAGAAGGUGCUGGCAGGUCAAGCCUUCGCCGUGGCCCUGAAGGACCAUCUGACGGAGAUCCUCAAACAGCCUGUCGAGAACAGACUACCACUGCCUAAACAAGAAAUUGACACAGAUGCUUGUGCACCUGGUGAAAGACCAGUUUUUCCCUCUGGAUUCAAACUUCCAAGCCCUGGAAUUUCCCAGACAUCUGAGCCUCAGUGGCCUCUGGGGCCUAACAAACCACCCCCAAGGUCCCACAGUCCAGGUCCUCAGUCCAAAACAGGCCAAAAGAAGAGACCACAAAAAACCAAAAAGCCCCAGACCAACGACGACAAGACAGGAAAUAAGAAUCAGGCCCAUUCAAUGGAAAACCUGCUGAACAUCGAUGGGAAAGAUAAACCCAGAGGCCGAAAUCCUGCAGCUGAGGCCAAAGAGAACCCAGAAACUGUGGACAUUCCCCCUGACGUAAGUGCUGCUGCAAAAAGAACUGACCUUCUGAAAUAUGGCACUGUGCUCACUCUGGAUCCGAGAACGGCUCAUAAACGCAUCGCGCUGAGUGAGGGCUUCACUAAGGCCGCCGUGUCCGACGACCACACAAACUACCCCGACUGCCCCGAGCGCUUCACCGUCUGCUCCCAGGUUCUCGCCUCUAAGGGCUUCUCUCGCGGACGGCACUACUGGGAGGUCCGGCUGAGCAGCAACAACUUCAUCGGCAUCGGCCUGGCCUACGGCACCAUCGACCGCAAAGGCCCCACCAGCCGCCUGGGCCGCAACAACCAGUCCUGGUGCGUCGAGUGGUUCAACGUCAAGCUGUCAGCCUGGCACAACAGCAGUGAGACCGUGCUGGCCAAUCCCAAUCCGAAGCGCGUGGGCGUGCUGUUGGAUUGCGAGGAUGGUUUGGCCACUUUCUAUAACGUGGCUGACCGGGCGUAUCCAUUCCAUACCUUUGUGUUCCCCUUCGCUGAAGCCGUCUAUCCAGCUUUCUGGAUUUUCUCGAGUGGCUCUUCCAUCACUUUGUGCAAGCUGCAGGGAUGAGCAGCACAAACACACAGGCUUUUGUUGUCAUUGCUAAUGCUAAUAAUGUGAAAGGAAACUAAGCUGUUAAUGAAGUACAGCUGCACAAUAUUGGAAAAUACUGAUAUAUUUUGCUUUUUGGAAUUUGCAGAAAUACUAUAGUUUUUGCUAGAUGGCUUAAAAAUUCAAUUAGGAAAAUGUUCAUUAUUUUGUAGGGGAGUGAAUGUGCACUGAAAAUAUACAAUUAUUUAAAAAGAAAAGCAUGUCAAAAAAAAAGCAUGGUGUGACACUGGCACAUUAGUUUUUUCCUUUGCAUAGCAUUCAGAGCCAACUUUGCAUUCAUCAUACGGAGCUUUGUGGUGCUGAUUUAAAUAGGCUAAUCAGUUGGGUCGUGGGCUGUUUUUUUUUUCCCCUCCCUUUCUGUGACCAAACUAUUUCCAUACAACUGAAAUCUUCCUUUUCAGAGUUUCUCCUUGUUCCUCGCUCAUUUUGUUGUGCACGUGUGGAAUCUGCAUGCCAGCAAACUCUGCAUUUUGUGAACAAAUUUAAAAAGACGAGAAAGUGUGUGUAUCCAGGAAGCUUUAACAGCUUUCUCCUGUAAGUUAGUCAUGGAAAAUAAGACUCAUGCAAAUUUUUUGUAUGUAGCAGCAAAAUUAGCUGGAACUAUCUGCAUUACAGCUAUCAAAAACUUGUGUUUAAUGUUUGGAAGAGGAAAAAUGAAAACCUACAUUGGCUAGAACCCCCCAGCUGUUUUUUUUGUCAUCACGUGAAGUAGGAAAACCAGUGUUUCCUGUUCCAUUUCCGGCUUUAUCGCGUUGCCGACAGGUAAAACAAUCAUUGUCCCCACUAAUAAAGCUCCUUGCAAGCUUUUUAGUCCCUUUCUAGUAGAUCUGAGUCAAACCAAGAGAACCGAGCAGUCCAGUCUGAGAAUUCUCCAGAUUGAGGCAUCACAGCAGGAACAGAUGUGACGAGUUAGUGCUUAUCAUAGAAUAAGUCAUUAGCUGUUGUUGGUAUCUUGUUGGCAGCACUUCAGAAAACACAGCAAAAACACUCCAACUUGUGUUUCUUAAGUGUUUCAUAAGUGAUUGUGAUGCACUUACGUAUUCCGAUCACGUUAUGAUGGGCAUUUCAAGAUGAAAUCCGUUUUUAACUCGUUUGCUGAAGGAAUAUACCAAAAAAAACAGCAUGUUUUGGUGUGAAGAUGCAGUACAUUUACAGAAAGUAGCUUACAACAGUGGCUGGGUUUCAAUCGUUUGAGAUUUAAUUCAUUUUCUCACUGAAUACUGUUCACUAAUUACAUGUGUGUGCAGCAGGGUGUUCCGUUUUACCUGUGCAGAUUAUUUAUCAUCACAUGGUAAUGAAUGCAUUUAGAUGAAGAAGUGAAUUUAUCGCUGCAGUGUGGCAAGUUGUGUUACUGGAGUGUUGCACUGGGCGAUACAGUGAAAAUCACUAUUUGAAGAUGGGGAAAGUCAAAAUCCUCCAGCAGUAGGUUCAAAAUUUUAAAAACUUGCCCGGACUGCAAACUGAUGAAGGAUUUUUGAAUUCUGCAUAUAAAAUGUAGAUUUCGGUCCGUUUGCUGAUUCUGGAAGUUUCAAAUCUUCUGUCUGGAGGAGAUCCGUUAUCAAAGAAAUAACUUGUGCUUUUGUAAGUACUUUUCAUGUAUAGUAGCUGGCCAGAAAUACGUUUGUUUCUCUGAAAUCAUUGUGAUUGAACUCAUGUUCAUAUGGAAGUUUCACUGUGAUUAUUGAAUGUAUUGUUUGCUCACUCCUUCAGUUCUAUGACUGGUUUGUUUGAUGGGACCAGAAGUCGUAUAGACUUUGGUUUUACAGUUGUGGAUUCUGAGUCAGAAUAGAGAGAGGAGACAACAUGCAGCAAUGCUCCUUGGAUAGAUUUAAACCUGGGAUCUUAUGCUACAUUGUGUGCUUCCUACAGAUAAAACUCCAUACGGUUUUAUCUAUAGUAGGCAGGCUGAACCAACAAUUCAUCACUGAGCUCUGCUGGCUUUUCAUAAGGUGGAAGGAAGGUUGUGAGAUGUAUAAUUAUUUGUUGUGCGGUACGAAUUUACCUGUAAAAUGUGUUGCUGAAUCACUGGUGGAGCUGCGUUGCUGCCAUACAUUGGCUAUUAAGUGGUUGUAUAAGAUUUAAAGUACACACAUUUUGCAGGAAAGUUGGGAAAUUGCAAACUGUACAGGUGUCUACAAGGCAGCUGUGAAGUUAGCUGCUUUGUCAUGGCUCUAUUUGUUCUUUUUGACAAAGUUAGACUACGUACUAACUUCUGGAGCCUGACUGAUUUACCUGGCAGUCGAUAUCAUCCGCAGAUGUUGGUCUGUAUUGACAUAUAUGUUGUCAGAGGUGAAAACGGUCUUCUACGGAAUAUAAUCCAGAAAAAAAGAUGUUUGGAGUAAUUUGGAAACUGAGUCAUGGUACAGUUUGUGCAGGAGAGCAGCCACAACUCCACUCAGCACUAUCUGCAGCACAUGCAGCAGAGUAAGGUGCGGAGUCUAGCUUUACCAAUGACUAGUUUGUGAGACACAUUGCUGAAAGGUUAAUAGCAAUGACCCAAUCAUUUCCCCUUUUCAGCACAAGUCUUAACAUAUUUAUAGACAAUCUUAGCUGAUAUAUCGAUAUCAGAAUUUCUUACUCCCUAAAGUCGGUAUGGGCAACAAACAUCCAGCAUCGGUUGGGUUCUGCUAACUUCACUGUUAAAGAGGUUCACUGUUGCAGAGUGACCUCAGCGAUAAGCCAAGGACGGUUCUGCAGUAAAUACAUCUCUGCAGUGUGUUUCUACCAAAGCAGCUCAGGUAUGGAGCUUCAUUAUUGGGUUUUAUGUCAAUAUUACUGUACCUGGUCUGAACCUGUUUGGUGAAAUCUCCUGUUGCCAUUGCAUAGCAUCGAAGGGAAGCUGUUGGGUUGGGACAGGAAGCUUUUUGAAUCUAUACAGAUAUUUUAUGUAGCACAGUGAUGCCUGGUUUUUCUCACUGCCGAGUCUUAAUCACGUAAUAUUUGUAUCAGAAUUCAGGAAAAUUUAUGUUUGUUGACUCCAUUGUAGAUUCACCUGAAUUUUAGUUUCUUGUUUUUUCCCUCAAAUAAUAUUCAAUACAUUGAUUUUUCCUCAAACCGUAUAUUGUCAGAAGAUAAUAUCAAACCAGCCUCUAUGUAAAGCUUCAGUGUUUAAUGGUCUGGGAAAUAAUAAAAGCUUUUCUGCCUCA